AUGUAUAGAAGUAGAGAUAAUAUUGUUCGAAUUAAUAAUAAAUAUGAAAUACUAAAUUCUCAUGAUGAUAAAAAUUUACAAAUAGAAAAAAUAAAGUAUAUUAAUAUUUCUUAUCAUAUAAGAAAAUUAUUCAGCUAUUGUGAUGCUGACAUAUUUAGAAUAGAAAAUAAUUUAAUUAUUUAUAAUAGUUUAAUUGAUAAUAUAAAAAAAAAUGGAAAUAAAAUAGUAAAAAAAGAAGUAGAGAAAAUAAUAAGAGAAAAAGAAGGAAAUGAAAAUUACUGUUUGAAAGAAAUGAAUGACGAAGAAUAUAAAAUUAGUAAUUUUGAAUUAAAAAAAGUAGAACUUGAUUUUAAAUUCAUUGAAUGUAGUUUAUGUUUUGAAUUAAUUAAAUUUGUAUGUAUUCAAGAUUGUAAUCAUACUUUUUGUUUUCUUUGUUUUUAUCGAUUGUUAAAUAUGGAGAAAAAAGAAAAAGAUAAUGAAAAUAAUAAUAUAAAUAAUAAUAUAAGAAAUAAUAAUUCUGUAAUAAAUAAUAGCAUAAAUAGGAAUAAUAUAACAUAUAUAGAAAAUAAUGAAUAUUAUAAUGAAAGUAUUAAAUCACAGCAUAGAGGAAAAGAUAUAAAAGAUGAAAAAUAUAAAUGUGGUAUUGAUAAAGUGAAAAUGAAAUGCCCUUUUUGUAAAGAACAGAAUGAAUAUAUAUUCAUAUGUUUAAAUAACUUUUAUACAUAUUUUACCUACGAUAAUUUAUUACAUACAUUGUUAGAAAAGGAAAAGGAACAAUGCUUAGUAAAUAAAUCAUGUGAAUAUAACGAAAUAAACAAAAGUUUUUUUAAAGAAAAACAUAAUAGCAAAGAAGAUGAAAUAAACAAAAAUAUUCACAGUAAAAAAUAUUCUUCAUGUGAAGUAAAAGAAAAAGAUAAAAAAAAAAAUUUAGAUUGUGAUGAAAAUGAAAUUGUAGCAGAAGAGGAAACAACAACAAUAAAAACUGAAUUAAAAAAAGUCUUUUCAUCAUAUUACGAUGAUAUUAUUAUUUUACAAAAAAUUUUAAAAAAAAAUGAGGAAAAUAAAUUAAAAAUAAGUACAGAGAAAAAAAGUGAAAAUAUGUAUUUAUUUUUUUAUUAUGAAAAGUACAUAAAGUGGAAAAAAAAAAGAAUAAAAUAUUUAUUAAAUUGUAUUAAUUCUGAUAAAAGAUAUGCAUUUUUUUCUAAAAUAUUUCUAGACACACAAAAAAAUAUUUUCUUUGAAUAUUUUUAUAUAUUUAGCUUAUCAACACUUCUAACAAAUUAUGUUUGUUUAUUGUCCCCAUGCAUUGAUUAUUGGACGAAAAUUCAAAACAAAAAGAUAGAAAAAUAUAAAUUGAAUAACAAAAUAGAUAAAUAUUUUGAGAAAAUUUACAUAAAUAAUGAUAAAGAAAUAUUAAGAAAAAAAAAUGAUUCUAUAUAUGAUAGAUAUCAGCAACAUACAAAAAGCUUAUUUUAUAUUAGAGAAGAAGAAUCGGAAUUAUCAGAUGAUUAUUUUAAAGUUAUAGAUAUAUUUUGUAAAGCAUGUUUUACUAAUUUAGAUAAUAUAAAUAUUCUAAACCACUUAAAAUAUGAUUGCUAUACUAGAUUAAGUGAUUUAUGUAGACAUAUAAGUGAGCAUAAUAGAAUAUAUUGUGAUAUUUGUGUUGGAAAUAGUGAUAAUAUAUUUUUAUUUGAGUAUAAUUUGUUCUAUAAAAGAUUUUUAAAAAAUCAUAUAGAAUGUGGUGAAAAAAUAUCUGAAAAUAAAUAUAAAAUAAGACAUAUAUAUUGCCAUUUAUGUGGAUUUUAUUUAUAUGAUUAUGAUUCCUACAUGAAUCAUAUAAAUAAGUAUCAUUUUUUUUGUAAAUUUUGCUUUAACAAAAAACCUAAUGAAAAUAGUGAUAUUGUAAAAAAUGAAAUGGAAGAAAUUAUUUAUUAUGACGAGUUACAUCUUCACGUAUACAGAGAUUAUAUAAAUUUGUUCGAACAUUAUAAAAAAAGGCAUUACCCAUGUUUAUAUGAACAAUGCAUCUUUGUUGUUUUUGACAAUAAAAUCGAUUUAUGUUUUCAUUUAGCAGAAAAACAUGAAGAAAAAGGUCAUAAUAAAAAAAAUAAGAUAACACUUUCCAUAGCAGGGGCUUCUUAUAGUGAAUUAAGAAAUAAUGCUAAUAAUAACAUUAGAGAAAAAGAAAAUAAGAAUAUAUCUGAUUACGUAAAAGAAAAUGAUUCUACAACAGAUAAUAAAGAGUCAUUUCAUAUUAAAAAUCACAAAUGCAUAUAUAAUUUUAAAAGGUUUUACGAUUCAUGGUAUUUUGAUUUUUAUAUUGAAUGCAAAGUUGUAAAUUUCAUAAAUUAUUUUAGCAUUAAGAAGCAUUUUUUUCUGUAUCUUAUAAAAACAGAUGUAGAAGUUAUCUUAAAUGUUUUUCAAAAUUUAUCUAAAAAUAAUUCCAAUUUAUAUUUUUCUCAAGAAGAAAUAAUUGAACUAAAUAAAAAUAUUAUAAAUGAGGACUUUCCCAUAAAUAAGAAUAAUUUUUUUGUAUUCAAAUUAUUCUUUGAUUACAUAAUAGAAAAAAUAGAAUACCUGUUAUAUAAUAAAGAAGACUUAGAAAAAAAUUAUUUAUAUUUAUUUUUUAAUAUAAUUAUUAAUAGAUCCUUUAUUCUAUAUUAUUCUUUUUUCUUCCUUUAUUUAAAUGAAAGAUACGUAAAUUUAGAAAAGAUAAUAAAUAUAGAUAACAUAAAAAACAAUUACAAUUCACAAAAAACUCAACACAUAUAUAAAUAUGAAAAGGAAAUGGUAAAGUUAAAAAAAAUAAUAGAAUCAAACACAAAUGUAAACUUAACUCACUUAAGUAAAUAUGGAUUUCUAUAUUUAAUUUUUUUAUUUUUUAAAGUAGAUAAAUAUAGUUUUGAAAAGAUUUGUACCUUUUUAAAAAGCAUUUCUUUAUUAUGUAAUGAUACAUACAAUAAUAUAAAUAAAAUAGAAAAAAAAGAAGAUUCAUGUAACAUUUUAAUACCUAUAGUUUAUAAAAAAAACGAAAAUAAAAUUAAUGAAAAAGAAAAAAGCUCAAAUUGUUUGCUGAAUGCUAUAAAGGCACAAAAUGAUUUUACAGAAUUAGAAGAUAUCGAUCAGUUAAUUAAAAAAUGUUUAAAAAAAAAAAAAUAUAAUGCUAACAUAAUUAAUAAUAUAUAUGAUAAAAAAUGGGAUAUAACAAGAAAAGUAGUGUUAGAUUUACUAUACUAUGUUCAACCAAAUUUAAAUUUAGUAUCUUUUUUUUAUUUAUUUUUAAGUAAUUAUUUUGCAGCAUAUAUGAGAGAACAAAGCAUAAAUAAAAUGAUUAAUAUAUCUAAUGAAAACAAAAAAAAAAUACUAAAUAGAAUAUCAUACGACGUAGAUUUAGUAUCAUUAACUAGUAUAUCAAAAGAUUUAAGUAGUUUUGUUAAUGCAAAAGCAUUGGAAGAAUGUUUGUCUACUGGACCUGAAUAUUAUAGAAUUAGAAAAGAUAUUGAAAUAAUUUUAAAAAGAAAUAAUAAUAAAAGUUAUAAAGAUUCGGAAAAAUUAAAUAUAAAUGAUGUUAAAAUAAAUGUUAAUUUAUAUGAUAUAUCUUUGUCACUAAGGAACAGAUUUUUAAAUAUAAUAAAAAGUACGAAAUUAAAUGAGUUAUACUUUAUUUAUUUCUAUGUAAAUACUAUAAUGACUUCAAGUUGUAAUACCUAUUCUAAAAAUAAAGAAUUCCCAUCCCUUAUUGAUAACUUUAAUAAUUCUAGCACAUUAAGUAACACAAAAAUUAAUAAUUCAUAUAAAAACAAAGUAGAAAUGAAUAAAGAACAAAUAUUUAAUUCAAAAAAUGUAAAUAUUGAUAUAGAUUAUCCACCUUUAAUAGAAUCUAAAAAAGAAGAUAUAAAAAAUAUAUCUAUAUCACCAAAAAAUAAUAAGAAAGGAAAUAAAGACAACUCAGGAAAUUCGAAUCAUGUACUAAGUAAAAAUACUAAAAAUAUUUCUCAUAAUAAAAAAAUAUUAACUAAUAAUGAAAAAAAAAAAGAAAAUGAAUGCAAUGUAAAAAAAUCGAGUAGCAAACAAAAAGAUUUUAGUUAUAAUAAUUAUCCUUUAUUAAGUGGUAAUAAUGACGAAGAUAAAACAAAAAAAAAUAUAAAUAAAAAUGACCAAACCUUUUCCAAAUCAUAUAAUCCAGAUGAAUUUCCUUUAUUACCUUCGAUAAAGGAAAAUAAAAAUAAAAAAAAAAAUAAAAGUAAAAAUAAAAAUAAUCAAAAUAUUUUUAAAACAUAUAGUUCAGAUGAAUUUCCUUUACUUCCUUCAACAGAAGAAAAUAAAAAAAAAACUAAUAACAAUAAUUAUAAUAUUAAAAAUGUUAACAAUAAAAAAGAUAAACAAAAUAAAUUAAACAGAAAAAAUGAUUCUUCCUUAGAUACAAAUAGCAAAUCUUAUUUAAAUGCAUCUGAACUUAAUGUUACUUACACUAUUAAAAAAAAAAAUAAAUUAAAAAAAUGUACUAUGUGUACAUAUGAAAAUCCUUAUGAAAGAAAAAUAUGUGAACUAUGUGAAAGUGUUUUAUGA